CGCAACUCUAGGCUAUCUAACACUACCCUUACAAACUACACACUGCCGAGCGGAGGAGGAUAUCAUAGCGGGGGAGUGUUCGCCUGUGUAUACUUCCCUAAUUUGUGACGUAGACAGUGAAGGGGAAUGUAACUGCUUUCACCGGGGAUGUUUUACUUGUAAAACUUAAAACUUUGUGUUUAGUCAUUGUAACCAGAAGUUUGGAUUACGAUAUCAUUCAGCCUCCUGGCGUGAUUUUCUACACAAGCCACAGUGGGAGAAGUGGAAUCCAUACCCCAGCGGAAGGCGAGAUGAAGCUAGUUUACUUGGAGUCAGGAUUAACCUUAUCGAGAUUACUCUUCUGACUCGACAUACGUGUUAUAUAUAAGUGUGCGCGAUAAUACGUCAGAGUACGUGUCGUGUAUAUGUUAAAAGGAAGUGGAUUUCUAUAUAUUCUUUGAGAGUUGAUUCCCGGCCCCCGGGAGCUAUUUGCUGAGGACGGGCCUAGAGGACCCGUACUCCCCACUACACAGAUGAAAUGGUCGCCAAAAUCUUCUGGCUGGGGACACUGUUACUCCUCCACGUGACAUCGUCGGACGGUCUACAAAACACCAUCCGAGUAGGUGGUCUAUUCGAGAAUGAGCACACCGGACCCAAGCUAGCGUUAAUGCACGCCAUUGACGAGAUUAACCUCAUGAAUGACAUUCUGUCUCAUACCUUACUCGUGUAUGAGAUGCAGGAAGUAAAACCUCACGACAGCUUCGAGGCAAAUAAAAAAGUAUGUCGGGAGGUAAAGACAGGAAUAGCGGCCAUGUUCGGACCCGUGUCUACGAUAUCAGCUGGACAUGUCCAGUCUAUUUGUAACUCUCUGUCCAUUCCCCAUAUCCAGGCACAUUGGGACUCCCGUGAUAAUCGGGAGUAUUAUUCCAUCAGUCUUUAUCCAGACUACCUGUCGCUAAGCAAGGCGUUCAAGGCUCUCAUAGAGUAUUGGGGUUGGACGUCAUUUACGGUGCUAUAUGAGGAUAACGAUGGGUUAGUAAGACUACAAGAAGUGCUAAAGGCCACACAGGGCACAGCAAUGAAGGUCACCGUCCGUAAACUCGACCCUCUUGUCGAAAACUACGUAUAUAUGUUCAAAGAACUGAUCUCUAAUCCAAUGCAGGGCGAUAACAGGUUCAUUGUUGACUGUGAUGUAUCUCGAGUUGCUGAUAUUUUACAACAGGCACAACUUGUCAACAUGUGCUCUGAAACUUUUCACUAUCACUUCACCAAUUUGGACGUGGGACUCGUGGAUCUAAAUAACUUCAAACAUGGUGGCGCCAAUAUAACAGCUAUGCGUAUAGUGGAUCCGUCACGACCAAAGGUGAUGUCCGUAACUGAGGAUUGGUUAUUUGAAGAAAUUAACUCGCGCCCUUCACCUCUACAAGGUCAACAUGAGAUACCGACUGAUACUGCCCUUAUGUAUGAUGCCGCACACCUUUUUGCACGUGCUUUGCACGAGCUCCUCAAAUUCCAGAGCGUGAAGACUGUCUCUUUAUCCUGUAGUAAACCGCAGCCAUGGAAUGACGGUAUCAGCCUACUUAACUACAUGAAAGCGAUGGACUUCGAAGGUCUGACAGGGAGAAUUCACUACCAGAAUGGCAGGAAACGUACAGACUUUGAAUUGGAUAUUGUGGAACUGACUAUGAAUGGUUUACAGAAGGUGGGAAUAUGGAAUCCGCGUGACGGUGUCAACAUCACCAAAUCGUAUAAGCAGAGGCAAAGCGAGGUUUUACAGGAACUGUCCAACAGAACACUCCGGGUCGUCACUGUAGUUGAUGAACCUUAUGUUUAUGAGAUAGAACCAGAAAAUAGGCCACACCCUGGGAAGAAAUAUGAGGGAUUCUGUAUAGAUUUACUCGACAAGAUUGCAGAAAUGUUGAAUUUUAACUACACUAUCAAGCCAACUAAAGAAUAUGGCUUGUGCAAGAAUGGAUUCAAGGACUGUUCUGGCAUGGUCAAAGAAUUAGUUGAGCGGAAAGCUGAUCUAGCUGUAGCGGGGAUGACUAUCACGUGGGACAGAGAACAGGUGAUAGAUUUCACUAAACCUUUUCUGAAUCUUGGUAUCACCAUUCUCUACAAAAAACCGGAACCGGAACCUCCAAAGCUGUUUUCUUUCCUAGAUCCCCUGUCUAUUGAUGUGUGGGUGUAUAUGUGUGCUGGUUAUCUGUGCGUCAGUUUCAUGCUGUUUGUGAUUGCGCGGUUCACCCCUUACGAGUGGUGUAACCCACAUCCCUGUAACCCGGACACGGAUGUUGUAGAAAAUCAGUUUUCCAUCCUCAAUAGUCUUUGGUUUACCAUUGGAUCCCUUAUGCAGCAAGGCUGUGAAAUCGCACCGUGUGCCAUAUCGACACGACUUGUAGCAGGUAUUUGGUGGUUCUUCACGCUCAUCAUGAUUUCAUCCUACACUGCUAAUCUUGCUGCUUUCCUCACCGUCGAAAGGAUGGUUUCUGAUAUCAGUAGCGUCGAGGACCUUGCCAAACAGACAAAAAUCAAAUAUGGAACUCUAAACGACGGAAGCACAAAGAACUUCUUUGCAAACUCCAAAUUUCCGAUCUAUCAGAGGAUGUGGAACUUCAUGGAGUCGACAGUACCUAGCGUAUAUGUCAAUAAAUCAGAUGAGGGAAUCGCACGCGUGAAAAAAGGACAAUAUGCGUUCUUUGCCGAAUCCUCUAAAGUCGAGUAUUUAAUUGAAAGGGAGUGUACCUUGAUGCAAGUCGGUGGUUGGUUGGACUCUAAAGGAUACGGCAUUGCACUUCCUAGAGAUUCACCAUACAGGGAUCCUAUUUCAAAUGCGAUUCUGAAGCUACAAGAGGAACAGACAAUACACAAGAUUUACAACACAUGGUGGAAAGAAAAAUAUGGUGGCGGGAAAUGUCUAAAUGUGGAAGGAAAGAAAACUAGUGCCCUUGGUGUGAAGCACGUGGGUGGUGUAUUCGUUGUUCUGAUUGGUGGAAUGUCUGCUGGCGUCUUUGUGGCCAUAUGUGAAUUCAUAUAUAAAGCCAGAAAAAAUGCUCGCGAAGACAAGCGGAACAACCGACUAGCACAAUCUUUGUGUUCUGAAAUGGCUGAGGAAUUUAGGUUUGCUAUACGAUGCUUAGGGUCCUCCAAGAAAACGAUAAAACGGAAACCUGAUCACGAGAUUGUGGAUAAUGGUCUUCAAUUCAUGCCUCUGACAGGAGGAAAUAACUACGGCCAAAAUAAUAUAGGAGGCAGAGAGAUUGAGACACCUAUUUUCUGAGGAGUUGGUUCCGUUCAUCAAAUGGAAUGGUACUCUGUGUUUAACAGUAGUCCUCGUUCUUGUGCAUGCGGGAGUACACUUACAAUUGUAUGAGAGAACUAACAAUCAAGACACUUGUAGGAGUAACACGACACCACGUACAGGCGAGGUCGUCUCUUCGUGGUCACUAUUAUACUGAACAGAAAAUGCGUUUCUUUCAAUAUGUGAGAUGUUUAUCUGAGGAGUCUGGUGAAAGCAAUGCAUGUCACGUUGCACUGUCAGGACGAAGCUGUAAGACCCGUGUUCACGUAUUGUAGAGCUUGAAUAUCACGGCACAAACUGGUUGAAUAUUGAUACUUUCCCAACGUUCGGUGUAUAAAUAUGUAUGGAGGGUGAAUGUAUUACACUGGUCUGAUGUGAGUGACUGUAUUAUUGGGAUAAUUAUCAAGGCAUUAUGUUAUUUGUUAAAAACUCAACACCAUUGGCAGGGGACUGGCAUUUGAACCAAUGUCAGAAUUACAGAAUGUGUAUAUAGACAAUAGCUGAUGUACUCUUAAUAUAUUAGAUAUUGAUAUUGUUGAUAAUUUACACACAAUUAAAAUGCAAUAAACGAUAAAAAAUGAUAAAUAUGUCACGUGCCUUAUAACGUUUUACAAAUGUAUAACAGGUUCUCUAAUGAAAAAAAAAUUGUAGUAUCGGUAGUAUAUAGUCAUAUACUUAUGUUACUUCUGCCAACAGUACACGGUCAUAUACUAAUGUUACUGCUGCCAACAGUACACGGUCAUAUACUAAUGUUACUGCUGCCAACAGUACACGGUCAUAUACUUAUGUUACUUCUGCCAACAGUACACGGUCAUAUACUUAUGUUACUGCUGCCAACAGUACACGGUCAUAUACUAAUGUUACUGGUGCAAACAGUACACGGUCAUAUACUAAUGUUACUUCUGCCAACAGUACACGGUCAUAUACUAAUGUUACUGGUGCAAACAGUACAUGGUCAUAUACUUAUGUUACUGCUGACAACAGUACACGGUCAUAUACUUAUGUUACUGCUGCAAACAGUACAUGGUCAUAUACUUAUGUUACUGCUGCAAACAGUACAUGGUCAUAUACUUAUGUUACUGCUGCAAACAGUACAUGGUCAUAUACUAAUGUUACUGCUGCAAACAGUACACGGUCAUAUACUAAUGUUACUGCUGCAAACAGUACAUGGUCAUAUACUUAUGUUACUGCUGCAAACAGUACACGGUCAUAUACUAAUGUUACUGGUGCAAACAGUACAUGGUCAUAUACUUAUGUUACUGCUGCCAACAUAUUGUUGUACUGGCGAACUUUAACAUGUUAUGCGGUCCUAGUUUUAGUGUUUAUAGACAAUAAUUGUAUUUAAAGCUUUGUUGACAUAAUUGAUAUUGAGUUACGUGAUGCUUUAUGGAUGUCAACAAUAAUAAUGACAGUUAUUUCCUCUUUUACCAAACCAUCACUCAGUUUUAAAGUAAUGUUCACCUGUUUACCUAUAGCACAUAUUACUAGCUAAAAUAUGUCCCUAGUGAAAGUAGCAUUGAUAUGUCUCGAUUAACAAUUUAACAACCUCUCAUAAGGAUUAAGCCAACAACCUGUUAUAUUCCCAGUUAUUGGCUGUAUUGUUUUAUUAGUAAAAUCUAUGUAAUGAAACCUGUCAAAAUUGAUUUAUUUUAGUAGACGAAAAAUGCGUGAUAAGUAUUGUAAUCUGUAUCAUAACAGUUUCGUAUAGUUGAGUAAGGAAGCUCUGUAUUAUAACAGAGUUUCGUAUUGUUGAGUAAGGAUGCUCAGUUUGCAAUAUAUCUUAGUGUUAUAAUGCUUUCAAUGUGUGCAGUUAUGGACGAUGGAGUAAAUACAAUAUUCGUUGAUUUAGUUUCGUUCUUAUUUAGAGUAGUACACAUCUUCCGUGUCCCUUCUUAUGAUUCAUACAAUAACAACGAUACAGGUUGCAGCACAGUUGGGGAGUUUUGACAUACAGUAAUGUUAUCCCUCUAAAGUUACAACCUAUGCAACAUAGUCAACGGCGUAAGCGUCAGAAUAGUUCUAGGUCACUUCCCAAACAGAAAGUCAUUGGACAUUGUCUGUUGAUUUCCCCUUUCCCUGAUGUCUGUAUCAAGUUUCUUCUCUAUGUACAGUGAUGUAAAACUAAACUCUGUUGACCAAUGAUCCCCUCAGCUUGUUACACACAGUUUUUAUCAGCCCUCUCUAUGUCUGUUAUUAUAAUACUUUUAUUAGGUCUUCACUUGCUGAACACGAUGUUGAUUAGAACAAAAUGAUUAAAGGGCUUAAACACCUGUCAUAGCAAACUGUGGAGUUUUGUUCCACUUUAUCAUAACUAUAUCGGACCCUUCCCCGUUCUCCAAGAGUGUUGUAAUGACAACACGUGAUAUGGUUGUGCUCUCGGUUUGCUACCUUGUAUGAUUUUAUAUGGGUAUUUCAUUUCAUCUGGAACUUGUGUCAAACACUAUUCGCGGGUAUCAUCCGUCAUCUUAACCACAAUUGAUCCCAUGUCUUCAUCCGUAUCAUCUAAAUUGUAGUUGAUCUUUUGUCAUCGUUAAUAUCAUGUAGAUGUCUACUCAAUAAUGUAAAAUGUUUAAGCAUGUACCUUGUGUAUAUAAACAUUGAGGCACGAAAGGUUUAUUUUUGUACACGGAGAAAGGAACGAUAUACGUACACUGAAACCGAUAUUUUAUGGUAUUCUUGUAUUGACAAUCUAAACACUAAAACUGACACUUUUUAUCUCCAAAAUGUUUAAAAGUAAUCAGUGACCAAUUGUAUAUUAUUAGUAAACUUUGGUAUGCUGCAAAAUGUUAUUAUUUAUGAUGAGUAGAACAUGAUCAUAUUUACACCAUGUUGUCUCCUUGACUAGAGAGGGGAGUCGAGGGAGAUAACUCAUACCAAAAUAUGAUUUAAUAUUGUUUUAUUUUUGUCUUCCUGAUUAUCAUUUGUACUUUAUCAUCCUCGUCGUCGUCCGUGUAUCCGGGACGAUAUAUCGACUUUUAACUUGUCAUGUUUUUUAUAUGUAUGAUUAGUUCACCUAAUUUUUCAUGAAGUUAGGGUUAAGCAGGCAUGCUGUGUUGGAGGUAUAUAUGUUGAUGUAUGGGGAGUAUCAUACCUAUAUAAUCUGUUGAAUCUCUGUCAUACACAUGCGUCCUAUUGUUGAAGUAUCCCAUAACUAUCAUAACAUUAUGCCAAAGUUAGUGUUUGAUACCUGUAUAUAUUGACGAAUAAAAAGAUGUUUGCUAUACA